UAAUUAUCUAAGUCCAAACAAAAAAUAAACCAGAAAGAAAGAAAGAAAAAAAAAAAAGAAGGUAAAAGCACGAUCGAUGGCGAAGAACGUGGAAGGAUUCGAAUUCGAACAGAGACAUGGAAAAGAGAGAGUAAGAGUAGCUCGUGUUUGGAAGAGUAAAGAUGGUAAACAACAGUUUGUUGUUGAAUGGCGCGUUAGUAUCAAUCUUCUUUCAGAUUGUGUUAACUCUUAUGUUCGUGAUGAUAAUUCUGAUAUUGUUGCUACUGAUACCAUGAAGAACACCGUGUAUGCAAAAGCAAAAGAAUGUUCGGAAAUACUUUCUGUGGAGGACUUUGCCAUUUUACUUGCCAAACAUUUCACAUCAUUUUACAGCCAGGUUACCACUGCUAUUGUAAAAAUUGUGGAGAAACCGUGGGAGCGUGUUAAUGUGGACGGUCAACCUCAUGACCAUGGUUUCAAACUUGGAUCCGAGAAGCAUACAACAGAGGCAAUAGUAAAAAAGUCUGGUGCACUACAAUUGACUUCUGGUAUUGAAGGAUUGUCUGUGUUGAAGACAACCAAGUCUGGUUUUGAAGGUUUUGUAAGGGACAAGUAUACCAUACUUCCUGAUACACGCGAGAGGAUGCUGGCAACAGAAGUAACUGCGCUAUGGAGGUAUUCAUAUGAAUCGUUAUAUAGCGUCCCCAAGAAGCCUCUUUAUUUUACAGAAAAGUACCUGGAUGUGAAAAGAGUUUUGCUUGACACAUUUUUUGGCUCUCCAAAGGAAGGGGUCUAUAGCCCAUCAGUUCAAGCCACCCUCUACCAGAUGGCGAAGGCAGCAUUAAACAGAUUUCCUGACAUAGCUUCUAUUCAACUAAAGAUGCCAAAUAUUCAUUUCAUACCGGUCAAUCUCUCAAACAAGAAUGGUCAGUUUGUAAAGUUUGAUGACGAUGUAUAUUUACCAACGGACGAGCCACAUGGUUCAAUUGAAGCUAGCUUGAGCUGCAGUCGGUCAAAGAUGUAGAAACUACUCAAACAUAUCACCUCAUCCGUUCGGGUCAACUGGUGGUGUAGCUUACACUAUGGUGCUUAACGUAAUUUAAGAACAUGCAACAAGUGAACCUGGCAAUAAAGAUACUGCUUUGAGUUAACAUGUGAUAUUAAUGUUAAUGCCGUUUUUUUUUUUUGCACCAAUAAUCAAAACUGUUGUUGGAUUGUACAUAAUUUGGAUUUCAGAAAUUCCAAUAAAGUCUAAUUAGUCCUUUUGUUCUUAAGUGGAAUGAAACAGUUAAGACUCACUAUUUAUGAUAUUGAUGCAGUGCUACAUUUUGGUCAUUCAAUAAUCUCUUUGAAA